UGUUUUAUUCGGACACCCUGUGGAUGCAUGCCCAGUCCUUUCACUAAAAGCAUGGAACCGACGUUCUCGAAUCAUUAUAGUACAUGGUGAUAAAUCAACAAAAGUCAGCCCAGAGCGUACAACUGAUAAGCCCAGUUCAUCCCACCGAGCCGUCUAAGAUACUCCGUAACUCCCAAGCGACCAAGCGCAACAGUAAACGGACCGCAUGUCAGUUGGCAUCAAGCAGUACCAACCCAGCACCGGCGCUGAUAAUGAGUUCAACCCGCCAGCCAGCCAUCAAGCAGAGUCCUCGCCUCAGAGAAAGCAUUAUCGUCCGUAAACCUCGACAAUCAUAAUAAGACUAUAGCUGAUAGUCACCCGUCGCAAUCAAUUCACUCCUGCGUCUAAAACCCC